CAAGCCUUUCCCACUAGAGCAGAUUCCGUGCUACAUGAAGCUGACAUUCAGGUCUUUCCCACUCCAGCAGACUUCCUAUUACGUGAAGCUGACAUCAGCAGCUUCCCACUACAGAAGAUUCCAUAUUGCAUAAAGCUGACUCUGUCCCCACUCUUCACUCCUCAACCAUCCAUUUCCGUAGGCUGCUCCCGGCAGAUCGGCUUCUCCUUCAUACGACCCAAGCUCUGUGCCUUCUCUGGCCUGUAUUACUGUGACUUCUGCCACCAAGACGAUGCCUCAGUGAUUCCAGCCAGGGUCAUCCACAACUGGGACCUCACCAAGCGACCGGUCUGCCGGCAGGCCCUGAAGUUCCUGGCACAGAUCCGGGCCCAGCCCCUUAUCAACCUGCAGCUGGUGAACGCCUCCCUGUAUGAGCACGUGGAACGCAUGCACCUCAUUGGCAGGAGCCGGGAGCAGCUGAAACUUCUGGGGGACUACCUGGGCCUGUGCCGAAGUGGCGCCCUGAAGGAGCUGAGCAAAAGGCUGAGCCACAGGACCUAUCUCUUGGAGUCCCCUCACAAAUUCAGUGUUGCGGACCUCCAGCAGGUGAGCGUGCUGUGCUCCCCACCCCUAAAUCUUGGACUCACUAGAAGGUUCUUAAUCCUGAAGAAAUCACAGAGAAGUUGCACCUGUAAUUCACUCGGACCCUGUAGCAGUCUUCAGCAGUUCACCCUUCGGAAU